AUGCCGCAAUCAAAGAAGCGUAAAAACGAAACUCUAAAAGAUCAUCACGGAAAGGAAAAUAAUAAUCAGCCUUCGGGUGAUGAUGAUGAUCAAAAAAAUGUUCGUGUUCUUGAUGAUAAGGAGAUGGAAAGUAAGAGAAAUAUUUGGAAGGAACGUCGGGCUUUGGAAAGAUUUAGAGUUGAGAGUUUGAUCGAGUUGAAGGAUGAAGUGAAGCGGAAUGAGAUGAAGAAGAAGGAAGUUGAAUUGCUUGUGGAGCGUUUUUCUGGUGGAGAUGAUGGAGAAGAGGUUGCAGAGAUGGAUGUUCAUGGAAAACAAGUUUUACAAGAAUUUGAAUUGUCCCAACAAGAGGAAAAUAUUGUGAAACUUAAUUUGAGAGGGAAGAUUUUUGUAAGCACAAUGUCUACUUUGUGUAAGAGGGAUAAUAUGCUUCGUGUCAUGUUGGAAUCUCAGUUUGGAGUCGAUAAGGAUGAGAAUGGGUGUAUUUUAAUUGAUAGAGAUCCUGAAUAUUUUCCAAUAAUUUUGGAACACUUGAGAACUGGUUCAACCACUCAUAUUGGUAUUUGGGAGGAUGCAAGUAAGAGGAAUAUCAAACGUUUGAAAAAGCUUUUGGAGGAAUCAGACUUUUUUGCGCUUGAUAAACUCACUAUCAAGUUAAAAUCACUUAUAGAUAUUUACAAGAAUGAGGUUAGAGAACGAAAGAAUAUCUAUAUUCCAGAUGAAGUACCCGAAGUAGUUUCUUCUUCUCUGGUCGACGAAGCUUUGGAUGAGGAAUUUUAUUCCAAGUUUGCCAUGAUCACUCUUGAAGAAAAGGAAAAAGUUGAGAAAUAUAUCAAGGACCAAAAAGAAAAACUAACCAGGGAAUUCGAAGACUUGAAAGAAAUGGAAAUGUCCAAGAACAUGACGGAUAUCACUUUCAAUGUUAGAGGAGUCAAAGAUCCAGAAAUUUUCAAAUUUAUUCAUGAAUAUCUUUUGAAUGGAAAGAUUGAUAAUUUCCCAACUCUAACAGAAACAAAGAAACAAGUCUAUAGUGAGGCUAAAUAUUUCAGAUUGAACGGUAUUCUAGAAUAUUUUGAUAUUUGUAGAUAUCCAAUAGAAGAAAUCGGAGAAAAGAAUUUGAAAUACAAAAGAUAUGAGGACUUUUUGAGAAAUUUAUUUGUUGCUGAUAGAGAAAAUGUAAUCCUCAAUGAUCCAUAUAUCAACUUGAUUAAUAUUUUUGGAUCUAGCAACAGUAUUAGGAAAUCUUUCAGGUGCAAAGAUCCAGUUUUGGAACCAAGCAAGUUACUUUUCAACUUUGAGGAUCCUUGUGAAGCUUUUGAGCUAGCCAAAAAGUCAUCCUUAACAAUUCCUACACCUCCUGAACUUGUAGAGUCAAGAGAACAAUUUCUGAAACAAUUUGACAUUUUCACAGAUGGAAUAUUUAAGGAGAUGGAUUGGUCUAAUGUUUUUGUGGCUGGAGGAUCAGUUUUAGCUUCCUGUUUGAAAGUUAAAGUUCGUAGCGAUACACAAUUUUCACGUGGCAGGUUAUAUAAUACUGAGCUAUGGAAACAACAAAAAAGUCUUUCCAAAUUUUGGGGUAAUAACGAUGCAAGUGAUGGAGAAGCUCCAAAUACUAAUGAUUCAUCAGAUGAUGAUUACGUGACAGAUGAAGAAAAUGAUAUGCAUACUAAAUUUAGCCCGAGUCAAAAUACUUCAUCAGAAGAAUAUACCAUUAGACAGUAUUUCCAAAAUAAGCCUUGGAGAAAGAGUGAUAUUGAUUUAUUUUUGUAUGGUCUUUCAGAAACAGAUGCUGAAAAGAAGAUUGUUAGUAUUUUUAACACUUUCAAGAAAAAUACUAAGGAUGGAGAAUUACUAAUUAUCAGAACACAACAUGCUAUCACCUUCAAAUGUUCAGGAUAUCACAAAAAAUCUGUACAAAUAGUAUUGAGAAUUUACAAAUCACCAGCUGAAGUGUUGAUGGGAUUUGAUAUUGCCUGUUGCAGCAUUGGUUUUGAUGGAAAUCAAGUAUUUUGCGUACCAAGAGCUAGAGAAGCAAUAAGAACUAGAUGUAAUAUUGUGGAUGUGGAUAGACAAUCAACAACUUUUGAAACUAGAUUGAUAAAGUAUGCAAUGAGAGGGUUUAGGAUAGGUAUUUGUGGCUACGAUAUUAAGAAGGUGGUAAAUCCUAUUUUAUUAGGUGAUCUAAAGCCAACCAUCACUCAAUUUAAUGGUCUUGCAAGAAUUUUAAUGAUUAUCAACUCGUUUAAAAAACUUCACGAAUUUGACGCUCUUGUGUCGAUUAAAGGAAGAAGAACAAUAGAGAGUACAGAAAGAGAUUUAUCACUAACAGAACCAUCAAAGAAGCAUGACUAUUCACAAGUGGACAUUACUUUUGCAUAUGACACUGCAAGUGAGGGAUUUAGAAAAAUAGAUCAACGUGUAAAAUACAUUACCAAUAACCUCAAAUUAUCAACAUUCUUUGAGUACUCCCUUAAUGACAUUCAGGAAAUUCUGAGACCAAAAAAGAUGAAUAGUAACCUCUCUCCACAAAUUGAAUUCAUUCAAAUAGAUCCAGGACAACAACAUAUUGGCUCUUUCAAUCCUACAAAGAAUAAUUUCCUUGAACAUGCCUACGCUCCAUUUAAGCAAAAGAAAGCUUCAAAAUAUAAGGUCACAGUUUAUAAUUCGGGAAAGGAGUUUAUAAUUUUCGACGCCAAAACAAGCGCCAAGUUGCUGAGAGGAAAACGAAAGUACCAUAGAGACAGGUAUCCAAGAUAUAUGGAACUUACAGUCGGAACAAAGAAAUUUACUGCUAACUUUUCAGAUUCUACACUUUACGAACACGAUAGUUCAAAAAAGAACUCCUUUCCAUUCAAUUCACAAGGAAAAAGAUUGGGUUACAUGGAAUUCACCAAACAAGGCAAUUAAGUUUCUAAGCUCUAAGCAAGACAAUUCAAGCAGCAGUGAAAGCGAUUAAAAGUUUAUUGGAAUAUCUGUACUCGGUGAUUUCCACAAUCCGCUACAAAUAAUUGACCACUCACUGAAUCAAAACAUAAACUAUGAGGUUGAAAUAAUUGGCUUGAUUUGGAACCUUCAGAACCAAAGGUUUUGAUUAAUUUUCCUGCUUUGGAAAAUACCUGUAUUCUAUGAUUAGCUCCAUCGCAAAUAAACAUAUGCUCAGUGUGAUUGUCAAUUAAUAUACCUCUCGGUUUGUUAAAUUCGUAUUGAGAUGAUCCUUUCUUUCCUAACAUAAAGAGUGAAAUAUCUCCUUCCUUUGAUAUUCUUUGUAUUCUAUUAUUCUUCUUCUCACUAAUAACUAAAUUUCCAUCCUUAUCAAUACAAACACCCCAAGGCCGUUUAAAUUGAAUUUUGAUCUAUUCCAAUAAUUUUCACAAAUUGGCCAUUGCUAGAUGUUAAUACCUUGAUUCGGUGAUUACCAUGAUCACACACGUAUACAUUGCCAUCUAUAUCCACAAUACUUGCUCUUGGAUAUUUGAAAAGAUGUUGAGAAUUUCCACUCUCAUUUGGCGAUCCGCUCCUCCAAACUAUUGACUUUCCCUGAUUAAGUAAUGAAUACUUGUAAACACAGUGAUCUGCACAUGAUACAAUAAUAGAGUCGUCAUCUGUGUGAUCUAUUGAAAUGUUUCUUGGAGCUGACGCAGUAUCAAUAUCGUACUUGAACUGCCUAGUUAUCAAAUCCAAAACACGAAUCUUCUUGUUGCCAAAAUCUGCUACAACAAUACAUGCAUGUUGAUGAGAAAUUUUAACAUCGGAUGGAAAGCUAAACUGCACAUGCUUAUUAUUUGAAUUGCUAGCUGAUCCAAUAGUUUCUAUAUGUUUGAAAUUGAUAGGUACAGAAGUCGAUGAUGGACCAGAAUCAUCAUUUGUCUUCUUGACAACUUGACCUAGCUCAUCAAUGUGAUGUUGAAUAAUAUUCUUCCUAC